UGUCGCGAUGCUGGAAUAGUAUGGGAAAAGGGGUAUAAAAACCCUCAUCCUCGUCCGUAUCUUCAGGGUUUUGUCUCGUCCAUCCCAGCGGAUCCGAUCCAUUCUUUCUCUACCGUUCUCUUCCAUCAACCGUCAUUCGUUAACAGAGCUGUGCUCUUGUCAUUCUUUGAAUCGUUAAUCUCCGAAAUAAAGCAAAGAUGAAGGCUAUCGCGGCCCUCGCUCUUGUUGGCGGUGCCCUCGCUGCCCCGACGAAGACGGUUGAAAGCCGUCAGUUCCCAGGAUUGGGCUCCCUUCCUGGCCUCGGUAGCUCCUCCGGCUCUUCCACCGACAGCGGCCUGGGUAGCUUCGCUUCUCUAUUCCCUGGCCUGGGUUCUUCCUCUGGUAGCAGCCUCCCGGGACUCGGUGGCUCCUCCACCGGCAGCGGACUUGGAAGUCUUUCCUCUCUCAUCCCGGGACUCGGUGGCUCUUCCACCAGCAGUGGCCUCGGCAGCCUUUCCUCCCUCAUCCCCGGUCUCGGCGGCUCUUCUUCAUCCGGCAGCGGUAUCCCCGGCCUUGGAUCCAGCACUGGUAACAUUCCCGACCUGAGCAGUUUGCUAGGCGGUUCUUCUUCUGGCGGCUUACCCGGAUUAACUAAACGUGCUUCGAUUACAGAGAACGGAGUGACCCAGAAUUCGGGCUGUCAGGAACUGACCUUCAUUUUCGCCCGCGGAACAAGUGAAAUGGGAAACAUGGGAUCGGUCGUUGGACCCCCCGUCGCCAAUCAGCUGGCCUCUUUGACUGGAAACAAGGUCACCGUGCAGGGUGUUGAUUACCCUGCCGAUGCAGCUGGAAACGCCAUGAUGGGAGCAUCGGGCGGACCUAAGAUGGCCGAGCUCAUCCAGCAGGCUAAGAAGCAGUGCCCGAACACCAAGGUCGUUUUGGGUGGAUACUCCCAGGGAGCUAUGGUCGUGCACAACGCUGCCAGCAAGGUCGGCGCCGAUGCCAUCUCCGGUGCUGUUUUGUUCGGUGACCCGUUCAAGACACAGGGUGUUGGCCAGCUCGCCUCCUCCAAGGUGAAGGAGUACUGUGCUUCUGGGGACCCCGUUUGCCAGAACGGUAUGAACUUCAUGGCUCAUCUGUCUUACGGUUCCAAUGCCCAAGAGGCUGCUCAAUUCUUGGUCCAAGCUGCUGGCCUGUAGGGUUCGAGCUAAGGGUCUUGUGUCAUUCAUUAUAAUCUCAUUCGUUUUGCAAGGGAUGAAUGGAUCGGAGCGCUGGACGCU